CCGGUUGAAUUCGCCCGACUCUGUGUUCCCCCCGGCCCCCGGUUCUUUUCCGUCUUCUGUUUCGUCAAGCACAUGUGGGGCGCACAAUGCGAUCUGAUUUUUAUGCCCCAAGGCCAUGAUUAAUCGGGAGAACAAAGGGGUUCCGCACGCGAUCACCGCUUUCUCUGAUGAAAAACUGGUUCUUGGGAAAUUUGGAGAUGAGUAAGAAGGAAAAGUUUUGAUCUUUAUUUUGUUUUCCUUUUCAUUUCUAUGUGGGUGGUUCAUUCGAGCGAGCCAGCGAGGGAUGGCCGGAUUUUUCUUCUAAGAAACAAUGCAAGGAAGCCUUGAGGCAGCCUCAGGAAGCCUCGAGGCAUCCUCAGGAUGCCUCAGGACCAAGGCGUUUUACUAUCACUUGCAUGAAAGUGGUAAUUCCUUUAAAAGGUUUCCUGAGCCCAAGAAGGAAAUGAACAUCAAUCCUGGUGGUACUGUGGAAUCAGGCAAUCCAUCAAAGAGUGAGUCAUCUGCACCACCAAAUCAAGCAUACAGUAGACCCUUCUACCAACAGGAUUUGUACACAUGGCCAAACUUGCAUCCUGACGUUCAGAAGUUUUGGCAGAGCCCAGUAAAUACAGUAGAGACCCAUUUCUACCCAAUGAACAGGGAAUAUGCUUUUCCUGUUGAAAAUAGGUUUCACUAUCUGCCAUUCAGGAUGUUUGCUCAAGGUUACCCACAUGAAUUUCAGUUUCAAGAAUUUCAGUAUUUUGUGGUUAUCGAUUUUGAGGCAACUUGUGACAAAGAAAAGAAUCCACAUCCACAAGAGAUCAUUGAAUUCCCAUCUGUUUUAGUUAAUAGUGUGACUGGGCAACUGGAAGCUUCUUUCCAAACAUAUGUGCGACCUUCAUAUCAUCAACGUCUAAGCGAUUUCUGCAAGGAGCUCACUGGAAUUCAGCAAAUUCAGGUGGACAGUGGAGUUCCUCUAUGUGAAGCUUUACUUAUGCAUGAUAAGUGGUUGGAGGACAAAGGGAUUAAGCAGAAAAACUUUGCUGUGGUGACAUGGUCUAACUGGGACUGUCGUGUCAUGUUGGAAUCAGAGUGCAGAUUCAAAAGGCUCAGGAAGCCUCCCUACUUUAAUAGGUGGAUUAACUUGAAGGUUCCAUUCCAAGAGGUGUUUGGUGGUGCGCGUUGCAAUCUAAAGGAGGCAGUUCAGCUGGCUGGCCUUGCAUGGGAGGGUCGUGCUCACUGUGGCCUUGACGAUGCCCGCAACACUGCUCGCCUCCUUACCCUCCUCAUGCGCCAGGGCUUCAAGUUCUCCAUAACCAACUCACUAGUAUGGCAGCCUGGGGAUCGCCCGCUGACAUGGCCGUCACCACCUGACCACCCAGUGGACUCUGGCCAGCAAACUCAGAGGCUGAAAGAGCUGCUGGUCCCUGCCUUCCAGUUCCAUCCUUUCAUGGACCCCACCACCGGAGAGAGGUGCAGCUACUGUUUUUGUGGGGUCAGGUGCAGCAAGUCUGUGGUUCGCAAGCCAGGGCCAAUGCAGGGCAGGUGCUUCUUUGGGUGUGGGAGAUGGACGACUACAAGACGUGCCUUCUGUAAUUACUUCAGGUGGGCCUCGCCUUAAAUCAAGGAGAAGAUUUGUGGUACUGGAAUAUAUUCUCAGGAAAAUCAGUUCUAUACAAGGGGCGCAGUUUAACCUUAAAAAAUAGUUGGGAAAGCAAUAAGACUCUGCAGCUUACUGGGCUGUUGCUUCCAUAUAUAUAUAUGUUGUUACUGUUUGUCUUUGUUUCUGUUACUAGAACCCUUAGGUAGUUGUCUGACCUCUCAAACUGACUUCUUAUUGACAGAAGAGAAGGGGGAUGAAUUUGCUGCUUAGGGUGCUUUGCAUGCAUAAGACAUGUUUGUUUGUCUAAUGAGCUAUUAGGGUUGGACCUUGUUCUUUUUUUCUCUUAUGGAAAUCUGCUGAACUUCUUGCUUGGGGCGAUGACUAUUGCUUCUAUUAAGUUCUGAUAUGAGAAGAGGAUAAUUGAAGUAUAUGUAACAGAAGUUGCAUACCAACUCAGCUAAUGAUUAAGAUGUAUAUUUCUAAGGAAA